AUGGGAUUCGGAGACUUUGACUUCCUGUGCAACAAAUCGCCUCUUCCGCUAUGCAUGCUGGUAGGCCCUUACGACAAGCCCACCACAGACCAGACCCCGCUGCUCAACGGAAUCGGACUCAUGUCUGAAUGCUACCCGCGGUCCAUCGAGCUCGCAAACACCAUCAUUUUCCAGGUCGGAAACACCUUCAUCCACAUUGGUGCACUCCCCGUGAUUCUCAUCAUGAUGUACACAGUCAAGGGCAAGUACACCGCCAUUGGACGAAAAGAGCUGUUCCACUUCCUCAGUUGUUUCCUGUUCCUCACAUGCAUGUCUCUCGUUGUUGACGCCGGAGUCGCUCCCCCUGGAUCCGCCGCAUACCCCUACCUGGUAGCCAUUCAAAAUGGAGCCAUUUCCGGAACCAUGUGGUCGCUGGUGAACUUUGGAUUUCUGGGGUUCCAGUUCUACGAGGACGGAACUCGACGAGCCAUGCUGUUUCUGCGAGGAACUACCUUGUGUGCUUUCCUGCUUACUUUCAUCAUUUCUCUCUUCACUUUCAUUCCCUCUUGGGGUUCGGACGCCAUUGGCCCCCAUAACACCGUGGGUCUCUUUGUUGUUCUCUACCUCUUCAACCUCAUCUUUGUGGUUGUGUACAUUCUUUCUCAGUUUGCAUUGGCCAUCUUUAUCCUGCAGGAUAUCUGGAUGAUUGGAGCUGUUGCUCUGGGCACCUUUUUCUUUGUGGCCUCCCAGAUUCUGCUCUACCCCAUUUCCUCCAUCAUCUGUAAGCAGGUCAAGCACUACAUUGACGGCACUUUCUUUGCCACCGUCACUAACCUGUUUGCCGUCAUGAUGGUCUACAAGUUCUGGGACAUGUCCACCAAGGAGGAUCUCGAGUUCUCUGUCGGACAGAAGGACAACAUGUGGGAGACCAAGGAGCUGCUUGGUGAGGAUAACGGCAUGAGCAGAUACGAGGUGAACGGCUCCGAAUACGCCGGUUCCACUUUUGCUCUCAACCAGCAUCAGUUCUAA